AAUUUUUAGAGGUGCUUUGUUAUUAGAAAGUCCCCAUUACAGGUGUAUUAUGUACUUUGCUAUGCAGCUUUCUAAACAAGCACCUCCUGGAGCAUUUCAUCAUGCAUUGUUAAUGUUCCAUUAUUGUUCCUAUCCAAACAAUGCACCACCUGAGACAUGUAAUUAUUUAUCGAGAGGGCCGUUAAUAGGGGCGAGUGCGAAAGUAUUAUAUAUUUGAGUAAAAAUUUUGUUACCUCCAGAGGUGAGAGAUGAAGGUAGACUCGUUCAUCUUCUUUGGCUUGCUCUUUUUGUUUUAUCAAUCCCCCAUCCUCUUGGCCGAAAGUAAUACUGAGUAUGUCAAUAGUGGUGGGGAUGUGUAUCUUGCUGGUCUGUUCCCGGUUCAUGCUAACCCGGGGAGCUCUGUAAGGUGUGGAAAGAUACUUGAUCUUGGAGUCCAGCGACUAGAGGCCAUGGUGCAUGCUGUCGAACUAGUUAACAACGACACUGAACUCCUUCCAGGUAUACAGCUAGGAUUCUCCAUUAAGGACACUUGUAUUAACAGUAACUAUGCACUGGAGCAGUCACUGAGCUAUGUCACCAGUGACAUUCAUUUUGACACCGGAAAUGGCACGACUUUGAGAGGUGUUUCUGGUGUCAUUGGUGCUGCAUCAAGCUCAGUCUCUAUUGCUGUUGCAAGUUUAUUCCGACUCUUUGAUCUCCCACAGAUAAGUUAUGCAUCCACAGCUAGGUUCCUAAGUGAUAAAACAAGGUUUGAUUAUUUCCUACGCACCAUCCCUCCCGACCUAUUCCAGGCUCAAGUGAUGGUUGAUAUUGUUGUGAAUUACAACUGGUCUUAUGUCAUUGCCAUAGGUACUGAUGAUACGUACGGUCAAGAGGGAAUCAAAGCAUUCACUGAGGAACUGGGAAAUUCUGUUUCAAGCACUAAUAAGACUUUCAGUGUAGCUACUACCAUAAAGUUGCAAGUCACAGCUACUGAGGAGGAUUACGAUGCAGCUGUAGUGCGUAUGAAUGAUGAGUGGAUAAGGAACUCUACUGUGGUAGUCCUGUUUGGACAGUUAGCCACAGCAGAGGGUGUUUUGAGAGCUGUGUCUAGAUAUGCGAACCACAGGCUAAUGAAUUUUAUAGUGAGCGAUGCCGUAGGGGAUCAGCUGCCCAGCCAGUAUCGCAGUAUGGGCCAUAGCAUGAUCAGUGUAUUACCACGCUAUUAUGAGAGCCAGAGCUUUAAUGAGUAUUUUACUUCAUUACUCCCCAGUAAUAAUCCUAAUCCUUGGUUCAAGGAGUACUGGAGUGCUUUAUUCAAUUGCUCAUUUGCUGCUAAUAGCACACAGCAAUGUAACCCAGAAAAAGAAAGGAGCACGUUAAUCAGUCGCUACAAACAAAACAGCAAAGUGCCUUUUGUCAUUGAUGCAGUGUAUGCGUUUGCACACGCACUGCAGAAUCUGAUGCUAAAUGUCUGUGGAGAGAUCAAGCUAUGCGACAGGAUCAUAUCGUACAGGGACCAUGGUGUCAUAAUCAAUGGGGAGCUGCUCCUUCAGUAUAUCAAAAAUGUAUCGUUUCAUGGAGUCUCUUCAGAGAUUACUUUUGACAGUAGUGGUGAUGUGCAUGGCUGGUACUGGAUCAAGAACCUUCAAAGGAAACCUAAUACCGUAAACGAGUUUUGGUUUCUACCAGUCGGUAGUUGGAAUGGAGGAACUCUGAACUUAACUGAUGAUAUAGAGUGGGCCACUGAUAAAGUCCCAGUGUCUAUAUGCAGCACUGACUGCACAUCAGGUCAGUUUCCUCAGAGGGUUGAAGGCCAGGCUUCAGCUUGUUGGAUAUGUGUGGAGUGUCCACGCAAGAAUGAAGUAAGUACUGGAAAGAAGUGUACAGUCUGUCCAAAGGGUUUCUCACCGAAUCCUGAUAAAGAUAACUGCGAUGUUAAUCCACUUGUGUACCUGCGUUGGGGCCAUUUCUUCUCUAUAAUUAUCCUACUACUGACUCUAGGUGGUUUGAUUGUUACCUCUAUAACUGGGAUUGUCUUUAUUGUUAAUUACAAUCACAGUACUGUCAAAGCCUCCAGUCGUGAGUUAAGCACUGUCCUUCUAAUUGGACUAAUCUUAUGCUAUCUGCUGCCAUUCUUUUCAAUUGGUGAGCCAAUAGCUGUCACAUGCGGUAUAAGAAGGUUUGGCUUUGGUUUCUCCUUCUCCCUCUGCUAUGCGGCACUAUUGGUAAAGGUGAACCGGAUACAUAGGAUCUUUAACAGGCAGCGUACAUCAGGCCAACGUCCUCCACUCAUUAGCCCACACAGUCAACUACUCUUCACUGGUCUCCUGGUCCUCAUACAAGUCAUACUCUCAGCUUCAUGGCUUAUAGUCCAGAUCCCUGGUAGAAAGUUUGUCUAUUAUGAAAACACUACCGAAGUGACAUGCAAAGCCACGGCUUAUUUUGGUUUUGUCAUCUCCCUGGGUUACAACUUUCUCCUCCUCAUCAUAUCCACUUAUUAUGCCUUUCGCACUCGUAAGAUACCCCAAAACUUCAACGAAGCAAGGUUCAUCAACCUGACACUGUACAGCAUCAUUAUAAUUUGGCUAGCCUUCGUUCCUGCGACUGUUGGCAUCUCACAACUGGGGACGGUGUAUGAAACCGGAGCACAAGUUUUUGCUAUAGUACUAAGUGCUACAGCUACACUCUGCUGCAUUUUCUUUAGCAAGUUGUACUUCAUGUUUAGUUCAAAGAGAAAAGAAGGUAAUGAAUAUCAAGCUGGAAACAAUGACAGAAGGUUUUCAACUAUGCAAGGAGAGAAUCGAAUCAACAUAUUCAUAACACCACCAACAGGACAAAGGUCUACUGGGAAUGCAUCUAAUCUCAGUCCCAAUCUCAGUCCUAAUCUCACUCCUAAUAUUUCCCCUAAUAUUUCCCCUAAUGUUUCCCCUAAUGUUUCUCCAAAUGUUUCACCAAAAGCCUCACCUAAGAAGAAAUAAAGUUUAUCAACUCAACAGUAACAAUUCAUUGUGUAUUUAUCACUUGCAAAAAUGUAUGUGUGAUCAUUAUAUGCCUUAGCCUUUAGUAAUAAUUAUUGGAAUGUGUAUUUAGAUACUAAUAGAUGUUGAAUCACUUGA